UGGGUUUGUAUAGGUUGCCUGCAAAUUGGGUCUAACCAUGAGAGUUAUGGAAACAAGACUCCUCCUGUUGCUGUGGGCUUUGUUUGUGUUUGAAGUGGCCUGCACACAUCGCUCCGCUCCCAGAGUGCACCUGGCUUUUAAAGAAUUGAUGGACACUCGGACAGCAAGGCCUUUCAGUUUCUCCUUCAACACCAGUGACUACCGGAUCUUGCACGUUGACCCAGACCAGGGGCGGUUGUACCUGGGCAGCCGCGAAUAUCUGGUUUCUCUGGACAUGCAAAACAUCAACAAAGAGCCUCUCAUUAUCCACUGGCCAGCUCCAGCUCAGAGAAAGGGAGAGUGUCAGAUGACUGGGAAAGGCAGGCAUGGAGAAUGUGCUAACUUUGUGCGUCUGAUUGAGCCGUGGAACAGGACUCACCUGUACACCUGCGGCACAGGAGCUUAUAAACCCAUCUGCACUUUCAUCAACAGAGGCUGGAGAGCUGAGGACUACCUUUUCAGGCUGGUUCCUGGUUAUGUGGACUCUGGGAAGGGAAAAUGCUCUUACGAUCCAAACCAGGAGAAUGUCGCAGCCCUGAUUAAUGGAAACCUGUAUGCAGGAGUGCCGGUGGACUUCAUGAGCAGUGAUCCAGGCAUCUUCAGGACCAUGGGGAGCCGUCCAGCUGUGAGAUCAGAGCAGUAUGACUCUAGGUGGCUGAAUGAACCUGUAUUUGUUCACAUGAAACAGAUUCCUGACAGCUCAGAGAAGAACGACGACAAGCUCUAUUUCUUCUUCCGUGAGAAGAGUCUGGACUCGGGGGGAGGAGCGAGCCCAAGUGUGUUGGCCAGAGUGGGCCGCGUGUGCCUGAAUGAUGAGGGCGGACAGAAGUCUCUCGUGAACAAAUGGACGACUUUUCUGAAGGCCAGGCUGGUGUGCUCUGUUAUGGGAGAUGAUGGGGUGGAAACCUUCUUUGAUGAACUGAGGGAUGUGUUUAUCCAACCUGCCCAGGAUGAACGAAACCCUGUGGUAUAUGGCGUCUUCUCAACUUCUGGCUCUGUGUUUAAAGGCUCAGCCGUGUGUGUCUACUCAAUGGCUGAUAUCCGAAAUGUCUUUAAUGGCCCUUUCGCCCAUAAACACGGACACAACUACCAAUGGACUACAUACACAGGGAAGAUUCCCUAUCCUCGUCCGGGAACGUGUCCGGGAGGCACAUUCACACCGGGUCUUCAGUCCACAAAAGAGUUAUCAGAUGAAGCGGUUAACUUCAUUCGUGCUCAUCCUCUCAUGUACUACCCUGUGUAUCCCAUUCACAAGCGCCCUCUGGUGGUGCGCUCUGGUGUAGACUAUCGCUUUACUACUAUUGCAGUGGACCAGGUGGAUGCUGUGGAUGGCCGAUAUGAGGUUCUCUUUCUGGGAACGGAUCAUGGUACGGUCCAAAAAGUUAUAGUCCUGCCCAAGGAUCCCACCACAAUGGAAGAGCUCACUUUAGAGGAAGUGGAAGUUUUCAGGACACCUGCUGCUGUCAAAACAAUGCACAUAUCCGCCAAACGGCAACAGCUGUACGCAUCUUCUGAGGCAGGUCUUACCCAGAUGUCUCUGCACCGCUGUGGAGUGUAUGGAAAGGCCUGUUCGGACUGCUGUCUGGCCAGAGACCCCUACUGUGCCUGGGAUGGAGAUAACUGCUCUGCCUUUACACAAGCCACCAAAAGGAGGAGCAGAAGGCAGGACGUUAAACACGGUGACCCUUUGCGUCAGUGCCGGGGCUACAAUGCCAAAGUGGAGAGGAGACUGAAGGAGAAAGUUCAGUUCGGGGUGGAGGGUAGCAGCACAUUUCUGGAGUGCGUCCCGCGCUCUCCCCAGGCCACUAUCAAAUGGCUCUACCAGAAGGAGGGAAGACGAAAAGUGCUAAAUCGAGACGGGGAAGUUCUUAAGACUCCUCAGGGGGUCCUUCUGAAAACUCUCACCAAAGCAGAUGCAGGCCAGUACCAUUGCCUGGCCACAGAAAAUAACUUCAAACACACGCUGGCUCGUGUCUAUUUACGUAUCCUGGACCGGGACAUCGCUGUAGCCCUCACCACCCCCGAUGAGGAGGAAGAGGCUUCGAGGAGCCAUCACAAAGACCAUCAACAGGACCCUGCACGUCCUACCCCAGCACUCCUGCUGGAGCCUGAAAUGCGCCUGAUUCAGCAGUACUGCCAGUCCUACUGGGAGCAGCUGACGUCCGGGGGCAACUCUCAGGCUGACCUCCCUAAACGCGCCAACCGCAGACACACAGAAGCACUGAAGGCUAGUGGGGAGUGAGGAGGAGAGGAAAAGACAGUUAUCUUCUGUUCGUCACCUUGUUCCGAGCAGUUUAUGGACUUGCAUAGGUUAGUUCAUGUGCAGUGCCACCUAAAAGUAUUUGGACACUUUUGGACCGUUUGGACACGUUUUACAGUGUUUAAAAGGAAUCGGAAUUUGCGACACUAAAAAACGAAAAUGUAUUCAUUUAACAUGUACCUAAAUAGGAUAAUUUAUGAACAGUGGCCCCAAAAAGUAUUUGGACACUAUUGGACAAUUAAAAAAUAUCUAAUUUUUACAAUAUUCAAAAGUAAUUAUUUUUUUGGGACACUUGAAAAUGAAUAAAUCUUUACAGUGCUCAAAAUGUACCUGAUUAAUUAAUUUGUGAACAGCGGCUCCAUAUAUUUGGAAAUUACUUUGUAAAAAUUCUGUAAUUUUUAUGUGUCCAAAAUAAAUUUAUCCUUUUAAAGUGUUCAAAAUUAACCAACCUAAUUAAUUCAUGAACAGUGGCUCCAAAUAUUUGGAAAUUACUUU